GGACGGUGGACAGAAGCAGAACAGCUAGGUGUGCAAGUAAUGGAGACAAGAAAGACAGUACUAGGGCCGGAGCAUCCUGACACUUUAGGAAGCAUGUGGAAUCUAUCCUUUACAUUAAAGGACCUUGGUCGGUAUUCAGAAGCUUUAUCAAUGCUUGAAACAUGUGUCCGGCUUCAGAAGCAACUACUGGGACCAUCCCAUCCACAUACCAUUAUGGCUGCCAUGGCUCUGGAAGCAUGGCAAGCCGAGGAAAUUCCUGAGGACCUGUCAUCUCUACAUGGAGCAGAUUCCAAUACAGAUAGCUCCCCUAGUACUUCGGGUAUACGUCAAGCAUCCACUUCAGAGUCCGCAGAGCCGACUCUUCUGAAAAGAAACAUUUUCUCUGGACUUUAUCACUGGUUGUUUUCAAGAAGGAAAUAGCCUGACUGGGCCACAAUGUGAACAACCUAGAUGCCUUACCUAUAUAGGAUAAACUAUAGCACACGUAACAUAAAACUCAACGCUAUUAGAGUUGUUAAUUGUACAUAGUAAAACAGAAAUAGAGUUCCUUUU